AUGCCUGCGUGCUCUACCGGGGCGCCGUACAGCAAAGCUCAUCUCAAAGAUCACCGGACUCGUAGACCCACUGGUCAUGCGGCCAAGGAACACAUGAACCUCAUUCAAAAGCGAUUCGAUAACACCCGCUUCACUUACUUCUAUCCGGGGCAAAAUGCCUGUGGGGGCUUUGAUAACAACGAGAGCAUGAUCGUUGCUCUAAAUGAAGAACAAUGGGAUGGUGGUUCUCAUUGCCACGCCAGCAUAAUUGUGGAGUUCCAGGGUAAAGCUGUUCCUGCCACGAUUACGGACAUGACCCUCGCCGGAAGCCUCGAUGCCGCGGGCAGCGGCGCAGCCGCUGCAUCCCCCACCAAACCGAAGAACACGUCGCCCAGCGCAUCAGCAUCGUCGGCACCUCCGAAGGUGCAGCAGCAGACAUUGCAUAUCACCCCUCACCCCUCCCCUACGUCCACUUUAACCUCUCCUUCUCUCGACAUCUCGCCCUCGUCUUCGCACUCGCAUCCGGCCCAGGCAACGUCCAACAAUGGGGUUUCCAUCCGGAGCGGAGUGUCUCACGGCUCCGCCGGGACGUCUGUGAGCCCCUCCACAGCCCGCGGUACGCUCGCGCCCACGACCACGGCGACGACGACAACGACAACGACGACGGCGACGCCCUUCGCCACAGGCAACAUCGAGAAUUUCAACCUCGCUUUGCUCCAGCUCGUGGGGCUGGCAGACGCUAUCUUUGCCGCAGACAAGUCCGAACUUUGA